AUGAAAGUGAGACGGGCACAGAAAAUAGAGAACUAUGCAACCACGUACCGUUACAUGCUGGAGGUGCCGGAUGGUUUGACCUACUAUCCACUGGAGAUAAUCUUUACGAAUCGCUUGAUAUGGGCCUUCAAUUGGAGCUAUCUUGACAACCUCGUGGCAACUCAAGGGGUGAACGAGUCCUACGAAAUUGUCGCGGCUCUCAAAUUCUGGCGCAGUCGCUUCCUCAUUUUGCCUGCUUUCAAGGACACGACACGACGACUUGCGGACAGUCUGCGAGAGGCGAAGGCCAAGGGGACGAGGGUGCGUUGCGAUGUUUACGAGACUCCGUUGGCGUCGAUCGGAUACGAAAAGCUUUGUGACAGGUUCAUCACCUUCCUGGAAUCCCUCAAUCGAAUUCGGCGCACCAAUGUGCCCCACAGAGGCAAACAAUUCAAUUGGGCGGAAGCGGUGGAUCCACAACGAGCGUGCCAUGAUACGGUAACACCGAUGUCAACUGCAGCUCCGCCUAGCAACCCCACUCGUCGUCAUGGUACCGUGGCAACACCGACUCUGGAUUUGGAGAGGGUGGUGGUUUCAGAGGGUAGCGCACGGUCCGCUGCCACUACGCCAGUCCCACCCACACCACUUGCUCCUCUCUAUUCCACUGGUUCGCUUUCAUCCACCUCCGUUUCUGCUUCUGCUUCACCCUCUCUUCCGCUUUCUACUCACUCUGAGAUCUGGCGGGUUAUUGCUGCCAUUCUCGAUCCCGAGUACGGUUUGACCUUCAUAACAGGCACCGCACUUCUCCCAAAGCACACGUUCUGUGCCUACGAUCUCACGAAUUGGCUCACACGAAAUCUUGUUGAUAUCUCCUCAAAGGGCGCCGCGGUGAAGUAUGCACAGGUACUCACACCAGGCCUCCUAAACAGCGGCUACAUUUGUCAUACCUCUGGAAAUCGAGCUCACAAAUUCCUGAAUGGCUUCUUCCUCUACACCAUCCUUGCAGAAGUCACCAGCUCAUUGGGCACUCAGGAGACUGGUGAUAUGCCAAGUGGUCGAAAAUCGGCGGGUGUCGACACAGAAGCAUCCAAAUCUUUGGAUGUUCGGAAGAUCCCCUUCCCCACCACCUACCUGCCACCGUCCAGCACCUCGCCUCUUGGCAGCUUCUCUACGGACUUCCAAAAGGAAUGGGUCGAGGUCCUCGUGGUGCGGGAGGCGCCCGCUGUCACCCAUCCAAUCACCUCGCAUGCUCCCCUCGCCUCCACCUUCUAUCCCUCAUCUCCUUCCUCUGCUGCGUCUUCAGAUGAACUAGAAGCUCACUUUGCAAGUGGACUCCUGAGCACUCAGUGUUCGGGUAGGAUAUUUGGUUUGGAAAACACUUCUGGCAUCCAUGUGGGAUCGGAGGGUGUGCUAAGGAAGCGUGUAACGAGGGACCUUCGCGACACUUCAACCACUACUGCUGCCGCGGCAGCCUUGAAGCGUCACCCUGAAUGGUACUGCCUUCUCUAUGACCUCAACUACCACCCCACAUGUGCCUUCGUGCUGGAGAUCCAAUGGCUCGUUGCUUCCGCCAGUCGGCUCAAUGAAAUGCUACUGCUCUACAUCUACUACAAAGCGACGAGCCCCGGUUUCCACAUAGUUCCAGCACCCUGCUAUCCCUUUGGUUAUUCGGGUACACGCUAUAGUUUGGAUCCCCUGCGAUUGCACGUCUUCGUUCCCUGCCGCCUCCUUCAACUUAUUUCCCCACAAAAUGACACUCCGACGAGGUCUCAAAACCUCUCUCCAUGUUCUGUCGCUGCCGAACUCUUCCCAGGCAAAAUAACUGCUCUCAUCUUUUUGGACUAUCAAGAAGUGCCAGAAGUGAUUAAACUGCCAGAGCCAGAGCAAAUGAUUGCGUUGUUCUACUUUCAAGAGCGAAUUCUGAGCAAGUUCGGAUUCAUACCACUCUCCUAUUCGCCAGCGGUGCAGCCACAUCAUCACAGCCACCAGGGUGAAGGAGGGGAGAGUUUGUCAUCGAAACGCGUCCCGCAAUCUGUCGAGGAGCCUCCCAGAGGCAUGAUCUACACCCAACGCAUGUAUGUCCACGUCUCUGGGGGUAUGUUCGCGAUGAUCCCACUUUAUCCACCACCACCGCAACCGCUGCCACCUCCAGCAAUGAACGCAGAAAGUGAAGACCGUCUCUCCGAUUAUUCCACCCCCCGAAGGACCUCCACCAACGUCUAUCCACCUUCCACAUGCUCCUACGUUACGACACUGUGUUCGGACACUAAUGUGGCCGUAAGUCAGCAGAACCGUGAGCCAACGACAGCAACGGGUCGCCGGGCAGCGCUGGACCGAAGGACCUCAUGCUUUGAGGCGCAAACAGAGGUGGGUUUCUUCUGGGCGUGGAACCACAUGCUACCUCGCAAAUGGCGUGGUCAAACAACCGGAGACGAGGCCUUCCAAGUUGGAAUGCUCGAGGAUUUUCGCGCCUUUUGCUCCGGCGGUAGUGGUGAGGGAAUCGACGACGGACGCCUAGUUGACACCUUUUACAAAUUUAAAGCCGCUCUCAAUAUUUCUGUCAAUGUAGGUACACCGAUAUUAUAA